AUGAAUUUCUACCCCACACCACCAGUGAUACAGGCCGAGGUGUACGUCCAAAUCCCCGCUUCUUUGCGGUGCAGCGGACAACCGACCGAGUGGCUUGGUGGAUCUGCGACUCCAGCUUCGGACAUUUUCCUAGAAGGUCCGACGUGGAGGAGCAGCGGUGAUCUCUAUGUGACCGACAUUCCUUAUGGACGGAUUUUGAAGAUUGACCCACUGAAACAAGUCACGGAGUGUGUGCGAUAUGAUGGAGAGCCCAAUGGUCUUGCUUUGCGGGAUGAUGGAUGUAUGCUCGUUGCCGACUACAAGCAGGGUCUUCUUUUAUUCGACCCCCAAAAUGAUCAAAUGUCUUCUUUCCUGACGCGCCGAAAUCUCGAACGUUUCAAAGGCCUCAAUGACUUGGUCAUAUCAUCCAAAGGCGAGAUCUAUUUCACAGACCAGGGUCAAACUGGUAUGACCGACCAAACCGGUCGUGUUUAUCGUCUCACCAAGGAUGGCAGAUUGGACUGCCUUCUCGACAAUGGUAUCUCCCCAAAUGGAAUUGUCUUAUCCCCGGACGAACGGUUCCUGUACGUGGCUAUGACUCGCUCAAAUGCGGUCUGGAGGCUCCCCCUCAACGCCGAUGGGAGUACGACAAAAGCUGGAUUAUUUUUCCAAUCGUUCGGCUGCGCUGGUCCUGAUGGGUUGGCAGUUGAUGAGGAAGGCAGUUUGUUCAUAUGUCACCCUAGUCUUGGGUCUGUUUUCGUGGUCGACUCGGAUGGUGUUCCCAAAGCGAGGAUCGUGACGGCCCCUGAGGGAGGAAAGAACUUGACAAAUUGCACAUUCGGAGGUGAAGAUGGAAAAACUAUCUUCAUCACUGAUAGUAUCAAGGGCAAUAUUCAGUGUGUGCCAUGGCACUGCAGGGGUGCUCGUACCUAG